CACAGCAGCGCUUGCUUGCCGACUAGGCAGUAUCAACAUGGCAGCUCUCUGAGUUUUGGAGGAGGGUACCUGGUGUAAAUAAACACAAAUUUCACGUUUUACAUACAACGACAACGUUUGGGUGUUUGUGUUUGAGUCUGGUUGGACCAUAGAAGGAAAAUGUCGAAUGAGGGAAAUAAGAAACAGUUCUGGAAAAGAAACGCAGCGAAGGUUCCCGGCAGCAUUCAGCAUGUAUACGGCGCACAACAUCCACCUUUCGACCCGCUCCUCCAUGCUAACCUGAUUAAAGCAGGCAACAGGCCUCCUCCGGCCACGCCAGGCAAGCCCAAGAAGGCUACCACCUUCCAGGAGUUCGAGAGCAUCACGAGUGAUGCCUGGGAUGUUGGGGAUGAUGACGACGAGUUGCUGGCCAUGGCUGCACAGAACCUUAACAUUGAGGUUGUCAUGGAGACAGCCAAUAAGGUCAUCGAGAAUCACAGCAAGCAGCAGGAGAGACAGAGGCUGGAUGACACGACAGAGCUGGAACAGAGAGAAGAGGACACACAGGAGGAGGUGGCAGAGGACGAGGAGGAGGACGAAGACGACGAGGAGGACAGGGUGGGGGAAGGAGAUGUGACCAGCCCAGAGGUCUCGUUUGCCUCCCAGAGCAGCCCUUACACUGAUGGCCGCCUUGUAAAGUCCCAAAGCGAAGCUCCAAUUGGGUCACCUAAAGAUGCAGCAGGUGAGCAUGCGGGCCUCCACAGACAACGGUCGCUGCCCCACCGGCCCCCCCUCAUCCCGCUAGUGGCUCGCAUGGCCGACCAGAACACAUCAGGCACCCCGGCCAUGACCGAGAGGGAAGCAUCCCGUCUGGAUAAGUUCAAGCAGUUGUUAACCGGCCCAAACACAGAUCUCGAGGAGCUACGGAAACUCAGCUGGUCUGGAAUUCCAAGACAGGUCCGGCCGAUAACGUGGAAGCUCCUUUCAGGUUACCUACCAGCUAACGCAGAAAGAAGAGAGAGCGUCCUGCAGAGGAAAAGACAAGAAUACUUUGGCUUCAUCCAGCAAUACUAUGACUCCCGCAACGACGAGAACCAUCAGGACACAUACAGACAGAUUCACAUUGACAUACCGAGAACUAAUCCUCUUAUUCCUCUCUUUCAACAAGCUUCUGUCCAAGAGAUUUUCGAGCGGAUCCUUUUCAUCUGGGCCAUCCGCCAUCCAGCCAGCGGCUAUGUGCAAGGCAUCAACGACCUGGUCACGCCGUUCUUCGUCGUCUACGUCUUUGAGUACAUCGAGGAGGAGGUGGAAAACUUUGACGUGUCCAGUCUCCAGGAAGAGGCUCUGAGGAACAUCGAGGCUGACAGCUUCUGGUGCAUGAGCAAACUGCUGGACGGCAUCCAGGACAACUACACGUUCGCACAACCAGGCAUCCAGAGGAAAGUCAAGGCCCUGGAGGAGCUUGUCAGCAGGAUUGAUGAGUCCGUGCACCGCCACAUGCAGCAGUACGAGGUGGAGUACCUGCAGUUUGCCUUCCGCUGGAUGAACAACCUCCUGAUGAGGGAGCUGCCAUUACGCUGCACGAUCAGACUGUGGGACACCUACCAGGCUGAACCAGAGGGCUUCUCCCAUUUCCACCUCUACGUGUGCGCCGCCUUCCUGGUGAGGUGGAGGAAAGAGAUUCUAGAGGAGAGGGAUUUUCAGGGUCUGAUGAUCCUCCUGCAGAACCUUCCCACAAUGCACUGGGGCAACGAGGAAGUGAGCGUGCUGCUGGCUGAAGCCUACAGGUUGAAGUUUGCCUUCGCUGACGCGCCCAACCACUACAAGAGAUGAUAAGCGUGGCUCUCUGCAGCCGCUCUCCUCCUCCUCUCGCUCUUUCCUCCUCCUCCUCCUCCUCCUCCUCCU